GGACGACGAAAGAAAGUGGCGACGACAUGACGGACAUCGUCGUAGCUGAUCUGGACUCGUACGUUAAUGUUGAACUCAGCACAGAAAACAACGCAGCUGGACAUAAUGUGCUUGAUAUAACUCAAGCUCUGUUUCAGAAUGAAGACGAGGCACAGGAAGGAGAGAGUGAUGAUGAUGAGGAUGGGGACGACAGUGGCACAGACCACUUUAACGCUGAUAAGUCAGGGACCCAGCUGCAGAGAUGUGAGCGCCAAGGAGGGGCCAACUCAAACCUGCCCGACACCUUACAGACAGGACACCUGCUGUUCUACGAGAGGUUCAAAGCGUUCCAGGACUACAUACUGGGUGACUGUAAGCCCUCAGAAGUGAAGGACUUCACAGCAGACUACCUGGAGAAAGUUGUGGAGACGUGUGAUUGGCAGGCUGUGUGGUCUACAGAUGUGUUUGAUGUUCUGGUGGAGGUGUGUGAUGUGGACUUUCCGGAUCUGAAGGCGUGUGUGAAGCCGGUGCUGCCUCUGCAGUUUGAGGCCAGAGGCUGCGAGCUCAACGAGGAGACUAUGAACACUCUGCUGGAGGCUACUCAACACAAGCUGCCCCUGCAGGAGCUCCAGGUGGUCUAUGAGGAGUCUGGAGACUUUGACCAGACCGCCCUCGCCAUUGAGCACCUCAGAUUUUUCUACAAGCACAUCUGGAGGCAGUGGGACGAGGAAGAUGAAGAUGAUGACUUUGACUACUUUGUUCGUUGUGUGGAGCCUCGUCUAAGGCUCUACUACGACAUGUUGGAGGACAGAGUCCCAUCAGGCCUGGUGGUAGAGUACCAGUCCUUACUGGAAAACUGCCUCCAGUGCUUCCAGCAGUUCUUGGCGCUGCGCAGCUCCCUCAGCAGCGACUCUGACUCUGAGCCAGACAACGUGUCCAUGGUGGAGGGCCUGAAGCUCUGCGAUCAGCUGGAGACAUUCAAACGCAAGCUGCACAUAAUCGAGAACCCCUUGUUGAGGUAUGUGCUGGGCUACAAGGGUAACAACAGGCAGCAGAGUGUGCAGUGUCGUGGACUGAGAGCUUCAGGUAUUAAGGUGGUCCAUGUGGUCACAGCAUCCUGCACCAGCUUUCAGCUCCAGUCCCUCCUCAAUGACCGACUGCUGCCUCAGUGCUCCUCUGAGGACACUGAAAUCCAGUUCCACAGAGACCCUGUAUCAGCGGUGGAUUCAUGCUAUCAGGGUGACGUGGUCAUUAUUCUGCCGGGGAACUACAGUGUUACCAGCUCCAUCUUCCUGCCAGACUCCAUCAGUAUAGAAGGCUUCGGGCUCCCUGAUGAAGUGGUGAUAGAGAAGAAAAACAAAGGGGACUCUUUCGUCGAGUCCACGGGAGGUGACAUCAGAAUGUCCAACAUCAAGUUCAUCCAGCACGACGCCAUCGAAGGCAUUCUGUGUGUGCGUCAGGGGAAUCUGACCAUGGAGAACUGUGUGAUGCAGUGUGAGACCACCGGAGUCAUCGUCCGAGCAUCUGCCCACCUCACUAUGAACAUGUGUGACCUUUAUGGCUCCAAGGGGGCUGGUAUAGAGAUUUACCCAGGCAGUGUAUGCAGUCUGGUCGGCAACGGCAUCCACCACUGUAAGGAUGGGAUCCUCAUCAAGGACUUUGCUGAUGAGCUGGACGUGAUGCCGUCCAUCACCAUGGAGAACAACGUAAUCCACAACAACGAAGGCUAUGGGGUGAUUCUAGUGAAAACAGGAAACGGCAAGGACCAAAAAGUUCCUCAAGACAAAAGUGAAGAAGACCUUGCCAGAGAAGAUGCUGGACAGACCGCCGAGCACCUCAGCAGCAUAUCAACAACCCCGAGCAGCAGCAGCAGCAGCUCAGUGUCCACAGAGAACAGCAACAACAGCGCAGACGGUGACGCAACCGCCACCUCAGGCAGGAAGUGGCAGUUCUGCCGGCAGCUGAGCAGAAACAAGGAGGCGUCCUGCAGCCGAGCCGUGCAGAACCUGAUGGACCACGAGAUAUUCGUCUCUAUCCAGGGAAACCAGUUCAGGCGCAACGGCAUGGGCGACUUCGGCACUUUUUUCUGCUGAGAAACUAUUUGAGACUGUCUGUAACUAACGUCUUUUUAAGAGCACCGAACAGCGACAGAGUAUUUUUGAGCAAUAGCUUAAUAUUUUAAAAUGAAAUGAAUAUUGCUGAAAAAUAUUUUCAGCUGUCGACUGAGCUGAUUCAGAGUUUAGAUGCUCUGUAAAUGCAGUGAGCAUGAUGUGAUGAGUUAAGCUGCUUACACACACACACACACACACUUCCUCUAUUGAAGCAAUGAUGAAUGACCCCCUCUCUUGAACUUGCACGAAUGCUUUUAUCUUAUUUAUUCCUCUGUGCUCUCAACUCAAG